AUGUUAUUUGGGGAACAUGCACGUGAGCUGAUCUCUGCCGAGUCUGGCCUUCAUUUUGCGAAAACCCUCUGCGGCGAGCGGAAGGAAGCCAUACUGCGGGGCAAUGAGUUCAUGAUGGUGAUCAAUGCAAACCCCGAGUCUCGAAGUCGGGUUGAGAAGGGCGAGUGGUGCUUGCGGGUGAAUCCCAAUGGAGUGGACUUGAACCGCAACUGGGAUGAGCAUUGGGAGGGAGAUGCCUCUUUCGGCAAAGACACCAAUCCAGGUGAAACGCCGUUCAGUGAACCUGAGACACAGCUCCUCAAACAGUUAGUGUCGGCCUAUCGCCCUACGACCUUUUUCACCAUCCACAGCGGCACCUUAGGCAUGUAUAUGCCUUGGGCUUUUGACAUGCAGCAUCUUGCUGACCGGAAUCAACAGUCGAUGAUGGAGAUCCUGAAGAAAGUGGACGAGGACCACUGCCAGUGCCCAUUUGGCGCAGCUGGAAAGGAG